CUGUGUGUGAGAAGGGAUUCAGUUGGUCAUCCCACCUGUGGACACACCGGUCAGUUGACACUGGGCAGAGGCUGGUCAUCUGCUGAAUUUGUGGAAGGAUUCACUCGGUCAUCUGACCUAAUGGCUCACCAGCGAGUUCACACUGGAGACCGGCCGUUCACCUGCUCAGACUGCGGGAAGGAAUUCACUCGAUCAUCCCAACUGAAGGUACAUCAGCGAGUUCACACUGGAGAGAGGCUGUUCACUUGCUCAGUGUGUGGGAAGGGAUUCACUCGGUCAUCCACCCUACUGACACAUCAGUCAGUUCACACUGGGGAGAGGCCGUUCACCUGCUCUGACUGUGGGAAGAGAUUCAUUUCCUCGUCCCACCUGAAGGUACAUCGGCGAGUUCACACUGGGGAGAGGCCAUUCACCUGCUCAAACUGUGGGAAGGGAUUCACUUCCUCAUCCCAACUGAAGGAACAUCAGCGAGUUCACACUGGGGAGAGGCCGUUCAUCUGCACGAACUGUGGGAAGGGAUUCACUCGAUCAUCCAGUCUGAAGGUACAUCAGCAAGUUCACACUACGGAGAGGCUGUUCACCUGCUCAAACUGCGGGAAGGGAUUCAGUCAAUCAUCUGAACUGAAGGUACAUCGGCAAGUUCACAUUGGAGAGAGGCCGUUCACUUGCUCAGUGUGUGGGAAGGGAUUCACUCGGUCAGCCAACCUACUGUCACAUCAGUUAGUUCACACUGGAGAGUGGCCGUUCACCUGCUCAAACUGUGGGAAGGGAUUCACUUCCUCAUCCCAACUGAAGGUACAUCGGCGAGUUCACACUGGGGAGAAGCCGUUCAUCUGCUCAAACUGUGGGAAGGGAUUCACUCGGUCAUCUCAACUGAAGGUACAUCGGCGAGUUCACACUGGGGAGAGGCCGUUCAUCUGCUUGGACUGUGGGAAGGGAUUCUCUCAAUCAUCCAAACUGAAGGCACACCAGCGAGUUCACACUGGGGAGAGGCUGUUCACCUGCUCUGACUGUGGGAAGGGAUUUACUCGAUCAUCCCAACUGAAGAUACAUCAGCGAGUUCACACUGGAGGGAGGCCGUUCACCUGCUCAGACUGUGGGAGGCGAUUCACUCGGUCAUCCUUCCUACUGACACAUCAGUCAGUUCACACUGGGGAGAGGCCAUUCACCUGCUUGGACUGUGGGAAAGGAUUCACUUGCUCAUCCCACCUGAAGGUACAUCAGCGAGUUCACACUGGGGAGAGGCCAUUCACCUGCUCGGACUGUGGGGAGGGAUUCACUUGCUCAUCGCAACUGAAGAUACAUCAGCGAGUUCACACUGGGGAGAAGCCAUUCACCUGCUCAGAAUGUGGGAAGGGAUUCACUCAGUCAUCCCCCCUAAUGACACACCAGCGAGUUCACAGUGGGGAGCGGCCAUUCACCUGCUCAGUCUGUGGGAAGGGAUUCAUUCAGUUAUCUCAUCUGAAGAUACAUCAGCGAGUUCACACUGGAGAGAGGCCAUUCACCUGCUCAGAGUGUGGAAAGGGAUUCACUUCGUCCUCUCAACUACUGGGCCACCAGCGAGUUCACACUGGAGAGAGGCCGUUCACCUGCUCAGUGUGUGGGAAGGGAUUCACUCGGUUGUCUCAUCUUCAGAGACACCAGCGUGUUCACACAGGGGAGAGGUCGUUCACCUGCUCAGUGUGUGGGAAGAGAUUCAGUCGGUCAUCCAGCCUACAGAGACACCAGCAAGUUCACACUGGGUAGAGGCUGAUCACCUGCUCAGACUUUGGGAAGAGAUUCCCUCAGCCAUCGCCACCAAAUGUCCAUCAUUGAGUUCACACUGGGGAGAGGCCGUUCACCUGCUGGGAGUGUGUGAAGCAAUUCGCUCAGUCAUCUAACCGUAUGUAACUCUCGCUUCAGCGAGCAGCUUAAUAUCGGGGGUGGUAGCCCCCCAGCCUGGCCAAACUUAAAAAAGGUCAUUUAGGUGGAUGCUGCACGAUGUGUCCCCUGUUACAAAUCAGUACCCCAAAAUAACAAACGGUACAUAAUAUGCGAUUAAACGAUUGGGCUUUGUAGUUCUUUCUUUGACUAUAGGGCAAGUAAAAAAAAUAAUGAAGAAGAAAAAGAGCCCACUCUGUCCAUUCAUGUCUUCUCAUCUCCCCAGCAAAAUACAGUGAAAACCUCUCUUCCAGACUCACAAGAAAGAACAACAUUUCUCUCAUUGGAUAGCCCUGCACUCCAAAACCCUGUUAUCUCUAGU